CAGCCACCUAUCUUAUCUACAUUCCGAGAUAUCUACUAGCAUGAGUAGACAGGAUUUACAACACAAUCCCGAUCAACAUCUUACUAGUGACACUCAUCGCUCAUAGACAAGCCCCUCCACCACAAAAAUAUUCAACUCACUUCAGUUUAUUAUUCUAUCAGAGAAAUGACAACUUAAAAAAGCCACAUAAAAAACCCCAAAUUUAUAUAUAUCACCGUCAUAAUGGUCUUCCGCGUAUACAUGCUCGCUGUCAAGGCCCCCGGCAUCACCCUUGAAGAAUUCAAAGACCACUGGGACAACAAGCACCUCAACCUGCUCAAGGAGAUCGCCGGCGACGCUUACCCCGACGUCCACGUCCACCGCUACCCAGAAAAGGUCCAGGGCCCUGCGGAAGCCCACUACGAUGGUAUAGGCUACCUAGAGUUCAAGGACAGGGCGGGAUUCUUGAGGUUGAAGGAGAUUGCGGAGAAGCCGGAGAACCAGGCAAGGUUGGACAAGGAUGAGAGGACAUUUUUGGACAAGACCAAGAUCCAAAUGUACGUGGUCGAUGAUGAGGAGUAAAGGAAAACCUGUAGUCUCCCGCAGAUACGAUGAAUUUCAAGGAAAUGAAUGUCAAAGAAAUGCACGAUGUAAUUUUCCCCUUCUUCUUGUGAAUCGUGCAUCGUACAUUCGGUAAAGUGAGAUAAAAAAUGUUCGGAGUUACUAAAGUUCUGAUAAUUUUGUAUUUCAGCACAGUGAUGUUCUAAGAAUUUCUAUAUUGAUG